AUGGCUUCCAAACAAUCCCCAACCUUCCGAUUCCAAGCAUGGCACAUCAGCAAAGAUUUCGACGUGGAGAGCUUGGAGGAAAACAGGCAGAUGGCUUCUUUCGUUGAGAAUCAUGUUUCCCGCCAAUUGAAGGGCCUCAUCAGCAUCGGUCCAGUGGUUCCGACACGAGCCUAUCCUACUCUGGCUGUAGCUCGUUCGGUAAGUCUUGGUUUAUGAUACUUCGUCAACAGUUAGUAACUAACAAAACGCACAAUAAGAUCCGCAUCAGGCUCAAGCGCCCGACCAUGGACUGGGAGGGGAACAUGAGACAGCUGUCCAAGGUCGAGCUGCCAGCAAUCAUCAAGCGAUACUUCAAAGUGAAGCUCAACAAGACUCUCGACUUCUACAACGCCUUUGCAGAGGAGCUUGCCCCUGACCAGAUACCGGAGUACGGCAAAGUGUUGGUAUCUGCCGACCUGCAGCGGAAAGUUCGCGAUGUACUGUCAAGAGUUAGAGAAGAGGCAUGGGGGGAUCUUGCCGUGGGAAUGUAGGUUUCCUCUUUCUUCUCCGCCCCUUUCACCUUGGUGAAUACUCGCUUGAUGCUUGUAGAGUCUAUACUGACAUCUGGCAACAGACAAGACGGAAAGUUCAACGCGGCCAGGUUCAUUUCAGAGAGAAGCAAAGGUAUGGAUUGCAUCACCUUGAUAAUUGCUAGUAUCUCCUAACACACUUGCAGCGCCACGAAAGAGACUUAGAGGGGACUAUUAUAGCCCUAGAUCAUUGACGCCAUCGACAGCGAGUAUCCGUUCAGAGUCACCCGCCGACAGUAUUUUUGGUAUCAAGCCAAACGCAAAGCCACUAAGAAUCUCGCCGAGCUUCAUCGCCGCCGAUCCUCCUCUGUAAGCUCAUCAUCUUCUGUUUGCUCCUUGUCUCCCGUCCAACUGGAGAAGUCCAAGUCUACUGUGUCGGCAAUGUGCGGCACAUCUACAUUCGACGAUGAGAGCGAUGCAGCCGUCUCCAUGUCGUGCGAGACACCCACCACAAGCAAUGAUGGCAAGUCUACAUUCUCCUUCGUGUAUGAUACACCCUCCAACAAGAGCCAGGGACAACCCAGCUCCAAGGUUUCUGUUGCAUGUGGUACCACCAGGACGAAGAACCGAGUUCGGCGGACCAGCUCUGUCUCCUUCGUUUCCUCGCCCUUGGCGACCGAGAAAAACAUCGAAACGGAAGAGACGGUUUCCUUGACGUUCGACAGCUCGACGAACCAGACACGGGUUCACCGCAGUAGUUCGAGCAUAUCCUUUGUGCCCUCACCGGUGACAGUCGAGGAAGAGAUCGAACCAGAGGAUGCCCUGCAGUUAGUACCACACGCUCCCCUGACAAGGAAGCUCACCAGGAAGACAUCCACGGUCUCCAUUGUUCACGAGUCGAUCACAUCUCAGGAGGCCCAAGCCCAGCCCACAAUCACAUUCGAAGAGGAAGAAGAGACCCUCCUGGAUGUUGAUCAGGAAAAUCACUCCCCACCCGAGUUUAUAGAUGAGUCUCCCCUGGAUAAGUCCGAGGAUGUCUCUCCAAUCUUGAGGUUUGUGGAUGAACUACUUUCGGAGAGCGAGCCAGAAUUUGAACCCCCAACCCCUGCCACUCCAGAGCCUGCCAAGGAGACAAAGAAGAUAGAUGACGGGGAGAGUGAUCCUUUCACUACAAUAGUUCCCGGGAAAGUAGUUGAUGCUGAGAAGGAGCACAUCGUGGAACAGAUUGUGGAAGUAGAUACGCCAAUCUCUAUCCCUCCCCAGACCCCCAUAGAGACGGAGUCAGAGUCUGGCAAUCGUCUACAGGGGAAAUCGGACGUGGGAAACACUGAGAAAUCUGUCCCUGAGACCGUUUGGGACGACGAAGAGGGAGAGGUUACGCUGGUGGAAGACCCAGAACUCAUAGCUUCUACUCCUGUCAAGGCUGUUCCACCCGAAAAGGUCAAGCCAAGGCGAUCAGUCACAUUCGACUUGGAGCCCAACGUGAUCGAAGACUCUGCCAUAAUCGAUGAGGCCAAUGAGGACGAGGAACCUAAGAUUAUCGAAGAGCCUAAACUCAAGCCAGCUCCUUCUUUUGCUUGCGAACCUGUCUUGGAACCGAGCGAGGAAGAGCCAGAGUCCUUGGUAUAUGAGAUUCCCCAAAGUUCUGUCGAGGAAGAAAUAAUUGAGACUAUCCUGCCUCCAGAGGUGGAAGAGGAAACACCUGAUCUGCCAGAGGUGUUCGCUGCCGGCUCUUGCCUCGCGUACAUCAUGCUUCCGCAAACGAAUCUCGCCAUAAUUUUCUUCCAGCGUCCUGACGAUAUGAUUCAGUUCGGUCUGCUGUCAAAAUCAGACAUUGGUCGUCACGACGUGAGCCUCUGCAUUGGCUCGCCCAUCACUAGGGCUGCUCCCAACUCCCCACUCCAAGCCUUGAAAAAGGAUGGUACCAUCGCGCUCUACUUUCAGAGGCCCAUCGACUUCCCCCACCAACGUCCGAUCAUUGCGGAGUGCAAGAUGGUUCAAGAUGGCGACAUGAUCACUUGGGAAGUCAGGAACAUUGACCUCAAGAUGUCGGCUACACUACAGCCCAGAUCGGAUAUCGGAUACAAGAGGGUGCUCUUCCUCGAAUCCGAAUCCCGGCCGGGAGAGGUCGUCGCCGCCUCUUGCUCUCAAGACAACAAAUGGCGAGUUGCACACACACCCAUCACCAUGCCGAUCUCCACGGGAAGCUUCUCGUUCACUACAGCUGGAAUUGCAGGCGUUGGCGGAAAUGUGAGUGACUUCUUCCGUAUCCGGUCUCUGAAUGAGAAGGAGGUAGUUCAGUGUGAGAUUGAGGGCCUCCGGAGCUGGCCUGGUUUGGGAGACCAGGAGAUCAGCGAGGCCAAGAUUCAAAUUGUCCGGAAGCCUCUCAACUGGCAUGGCAAGACGCCAUGCACAUUCCCUCUCUCUUGUGCAUUGAUUGAGGGCAACAAGGCUGCUCUUAUCGGCGUCCUCUGCAGGACAGACGAUAAUGGACUUCAGCUGUACCGUGGACAUCCGUGGUGGGACGAGUUCAAGAAGCCCGAGCUAAUCUGCAAGGUCAAGAACGGAUCCAACUUCCUCUAUAUCAAGGAUUGGGGUGACAUUCUGUAUCUCACACCAGAUGGUGACAUGAGUCGCGCACAUGUGACUCUGCACAGGAACAACAGCGUCACGGUCAACAUCCAUUCUGCUCUCAAGAUUAGCGACGACAUGUCUAUGA